AUGCCCACCAUCCAGCGCGAACACGCCCAGCUGCACUACUACCUCGACGACUUCACCGACCCUUGGCGCCGGUCCCCGGACGCCAUCGUGCUUCAGCAUGGGUUCUCCCGCAAUGGCAACUUCUGGUACAACUGGCCGCCCCUGCUGGGCCGGGAGUACCGGGUCAUCCGGCCCGACCUGCGCGGCAUGGGCGCAUCCACCGCCGACGCCGAGCACUACCAGCCCACCCUGGACGUCCUGAUGGACGACCUGCUGGCCAUACUGGACCACGAGGGCGUCGAGAAGGCAGUCUACGUGGGCGAGUCCUUCGGCGGCAUCAUGGGGAUGCAGUUCGCCCACGAUCACCCCGACCGGUGCCGGGCCCUGGUGCUUUGCAACUCGCCUUGCCGCCUGUCACGCCGGGAAAGCCAAACCCCCGGGGGCAGUUGGCUGGCGACGAUGGAGCAGGGUGGCAUCGGGGCGUGGAGCGCGGCCACCAUCAACUUUCGCCUCGAUAUGCGCCACGCCGAUGAGGGCCUGAAGGACUGGUACAUCGCCGAGAUGGACAAGACCAACCCGGAGUUCGGCCAGGCCCUGCACCGCUACCUUGACAGCCUGGAUUUCGGACCGCACCUCAAGGACAUCACUGUGCCCACCCUGCUGCUCACCGGCGACGAAUCCCCAACCACCAGCAUGGAGCAGCAGCAGUUCAUGGCCGCCGAAAUACCCAACAGCGAACUAACCGUCUAUCCCGGCCUGGGCCACGGUAUCAACGCCAUCUAUCCGGAGUGGUGCGUGGACAGGAUGCGGGAGUUUUUGGGGCUGCAGUCCUGA